AUGACAAUUAUGACAAGCUUUACAAAAUUCGCCCACUCCUUGAUGCCUUAUCAAAUUCUUAUCAAAAUUCAUUUAUACCAAGCCAUAGACGAAUCUAUGAUACGUUUUAAAGGAAGAAGCAGCAUUCGACAAUACAUGCCGAUGAAACCGAUCAAGAGGGGAUACAAGGUGUGGGUAAGAAGUGACGAAACAGGAUUUAUGUCGCAAUUUCAAAUUUAUACGGGUAAAGUUUCAAAUCUUACUGAAAAAUCCUUAGGUGCCAGGGUUAUAAAGGACUUAUCUAGAGAAUUAGUUGGUAACAAGCAUAAAUUAUACUAUGAUAAUUUUUGUAACUCGGUUAAACUGCAAAACAGUUUACUGUUGGAAGGCAUUUAUGCAUGUGGAACCGCCAGAAAAAAUAGAAAAAAUAUGCCAAACGACUUGCGUGACGAUAAGCAUUUGAAAAGAGGAGAAUCGGACUAUCGGGUAUCUACAGGAGGAAUUGUAGCCUUGAAGUGGAUGGAUAGAAAAAGCGUUCUUUUUAUUUCAAAUUUUCACGAUCCUGCCAACCUGGAAACUGCUUCUAGAAGAAAAAAAGACGGCUCUAAAGAAGAUGUAGAAUGCCCAUCACUUGUUAACGAUUAUAACCGGCACAUGGGAUACGUCGACAAGUUUGACAUGUUAAAGUCACUGUAUGAAAUAGAUAGGAAGUCACGAAAAUGGUGGCACCGAAUUUUUUGGAUGCUCAUAUGCCCAUUCACACUACUUCUCUUAGAUGUGCCCAAUGCAGUAGCCGCAAGGAACCACAUCGAACCGUAUGGAAGUGCUCAACAUGUAACGUCGGAUUAUGCCUAA